AUGGAGAGCACAGAGAAGCAGAAAAGCACGUCCAAAAUGGAUCAUGUCCUGCAAAGUCUUGAGGUGCAGAAACAGGCCUACUUCGAUACGAUGCAGAAAGUUCAUGAUUUGCUCUCUAACAACCUGGCAUCCAACUCUGAAUCGCCCAUUCGCCGCCCUCAAGGUCAACGAGCGGGUACUGGAUCGAACACCCCAAAGGAUCAGACAGCUCGUGCAGUGGCAGAGCCUCUUCCGCCUGCAAGCUAUGAUCAAGAAGGGUUACAUCAGCAUCUGAUAAGUACGGCUUGGGAUGAGUACGGCUGGGAGAUUCUCAAAGACAUCCUUGGCAACGGUGCGAUCAAUAAUGCGUCUCACGGCAGAGAGCAUACACUAUUUCCCACCCAGAAUGGGCCAGUUGAGGACCGCAGCCACCUCAGUGGACAUCAGGUGUGGGAUAUUGGCUCGGAUGGCGCACCUCUUGCGGUCGAAGCCUUUGGAAUUGAUAAUGAGAGCUCCAAGGCAAUGGCGAUUUGGCAUUGCAUCAAAGACAUCAAUCCGCCAUCGAAGGACAGAAAAGCUGUUGGACGUAUCACAAUCAUGCGAGAACUGAGUCCAAUACUAUAUGGCGCAUUGCACUAUACUCUCAGCAACACAUUCGAUAUGGACGAGAUCUUCAAGCAACUCAUCGUCGCCGAUGGUUCCACUGCAGACGUACACCGAGCGUUCGACCUCGAUGCACGUAGGCAAAGCAGCAAGAUCUUCAUCUUUCAGUACUUUACCAUCAUUGGCGAAGACUGCAAGCCAAUGCCCUGGCAGCUUUCAUCGGGGGAGAUUGACAAUAAUCCGAAGCAUAUUCGCAUUACCCGAUGUAAUUCGGUUGUUGCUCUCGCUUUGACCGGAAAGCCCAUCCGCAAGGUUCGCAAUCCAUCACGCCGUGCACAAAACCAGAACGAAUACGGCAAUAUCUACGACCCUUGGUCGUCCUGGCACUUGCUGAACCUGCAGUGCUAUCCGGACCUCAAGAGCAGCACUGAUGUCCAUGAUACUCAGAAGCAUUAUGUCAAUGGGCCUGAAGCCUUUUUGGUGACGCUCCUGGGCGAGUUCCGUGAUGCACAAAGGCGUUUCGAGGAUAUCAAUCGUGCAAUCACGAAGCUCAUUACCCCCUCUUCUUCCUUCAUGUUCGAUGGAAACUAUCGUGACGACCUCCUGUUCGAGGAUGAGAAGUUCACAUACGUCCGACGAUAUUUCUGGGCCUAUCAGACACUCGGUAUAAUGAACGAGAGCAUUCGAACGAUCGUGGACGAAUUCGAACAUAACUUCACCGAUGAGCUCUGGGAAGGAAAGGACAAGACACUCUGGCCCAUUGCUGAUUCAGACAGUCCGCGCAGCAUGUACUACAAGAAAAGAAUGGCCACGCUGCGACAGAAGUUUGAAACGCAGAUGAAAGCUUUCCGCAAACUCAUCAACGGCAACGAAGAACGACGUACUGAAAUCAGAGGCCUUCGCGAAGAGCUUUAUGUCGGCACCAGCGUCAAGGAAAGCCGCAAAUCCGUCGAAGCGACUGAGACUACUGUUCAGCAAGGUCACAACAUCAAGCUGCUGACCCUCGUCUCGAUCUUCUUCCUGCCGUCUCAGUUCGUCACGUCCGUGUUUGGCAUGACGAACAUGCCACAAACGCCCAGCUACUGGACUUUCGGCGUUGUGCUGGCGGCCGUUUGCGUUCCAUUCUUUAUCCUUAUCGGCUCUCUUAAUACCAACAGGGGCAUGACCUUCUGGAGAAAUCGUUUCAGAAAGGCUUUCGUACGCAUUAUGAAACUCUUCUCGUUCCUAGGUAGAUGUUUCAAGAAGAAGGACAAGUCAACUCCUGAGGGGGAAGAAGAUGAGGAGAAAGAUGAGUCGAGUCGACAACCCUCUCAACGUGAGCCACAACCGAAUUCUAGGCGCAGCAUGUUUGCUCGUUCGCCUAGGAGCCAGGAUAGUGGAUUGUCUAUGGAAGAUGGACAGCUGGAGUACUCGCCUCGUGUUGGGCGGACACCAACGUCCAAAUUGGCAGAACUCCUUAAAGGGAAGCGUCGGCGGGCUUCGACGACGAGCACUGAGGUGUAG